AUGGGUUACAAUCUCUUCCUCCUGGCUUUUGUCCUGGGCAUCGGUGGAGCUUUCCAGUAUGGGUUGCAGGUCUCCAUUAUCAAUUCUCCUGCUGAGUACAUCAAAAGUUUCAUCCGUGUGACUUGGCUGAAGAGAUACGGCUCUUCUCCCAGUGAAGAGAUAAUUACUUUGAUGUGGUCCUUUGUUGUGUCCAUUUACAGCAUCGGUGGGCUUCUGGGGUCCUUGUCUGCUGGAUAUUUGUCUGUUAGAUUUGGAAGGAAGAAGACCAUGCUGUUUGCCAAUAUCCCUGCUCUGCUGAGUGCAGCUCUGAUGGGACUCAGUCGACUGUGUGGAUCCUUUGAAAUGAUCAUUGCUGGAAGAUUAGUUUCUGGAGUGUGUGGAGGUUUAGCUCUGAAUAUCCAUCUCAUGUAUGCUGGGGAAUGUGCCCCACGGAAGCUCCGUGGGCUGAUUGCCAUAACAGCUUCUACUGCCAUUGCUGUUGGAAAGUUUGUAGGAUUUGCUCUGGGUCUCAGAGAAGUUCUUGGAGUAGAAUCUCUCUGGCCUAUCCUCAUGGCAGCCAACGCGCUUCCCGCCCUCUUUCAGCUUCUCACGCUCCCCUUCUUCCCAGACUCUCCCCGCUAUCUGCUCAUUGACAAAAAGGACAAGGAGGGGUGCAUCAAAGCUGUGAAGCAGCUCUGGGGAGAUGGUGACCAUAUGGCCGAAAUAGAUGACAUGAUGGCAGAGCAAGAAGCCAUCCGCGGGGAGAAGGCUAAGAGCGUUUGUGAUCUUUUUCGAGACAAAGCUGUCCGAUGGCAGCUCGUCACUCUCUUCCUUGUCGCCUCAUGUAAGCAGUUAAUUGGAGUCAAUGUGGUUUACUUUUAUGCAUACAAUGUCUUUAUAAAGGCUGGAAUCCCCCCUGCUCAAACCCGCUAUGUCUCCCUGGGAGUUGGGAUCACUGAGAUCCUCACCACAGUUCUGUGUGGUUUCCUGAUUGAGCGUGCAGGGAGGAAGACACUGCUGUGGAAAAGCUACACUGUUAUCGCCUUGGCUUUAGGGCUCCUUACAGUCACACUUUCACUACAGGAUUCCUUUUCCUGGGUACCAUACUGCUCUGUUGCACUCAUCUUCAUUUUCAUCAUGAGCUUUGGCAUUGGGCCAGCUGGAGUAUCAUGCCCCUUGCCCACAGAAAUAUUUAUUCAGUCAUACAGACCAGCUGCUUAUGUUUUUAAUGGUGCUACAAACUGGCUCCAACUCUUCAUCCUUGGACUUUUGUUCCCUUUCAUUGUGGAAGGACUUGGUAGUUUCUGUUUCAUCAUUUUCCUGACAUACUGUCUGUCCAUGGCUACCUUUGUCUUCCUGGUGAUGCCAGAGACCAAAGGAAAGACCAUGUUGCAGGUCAUGGAGGAGUUCAAUCGCCUGAACUACCGUGGAAAGAAGAGACAGACAGCCCUAAAGCAGAGUAACUGCUCAGUGAUGAUUGUUACUAGACUUUAA